CACAAAAGUCACAUGUACCCAGUUGCUGCUAUCCCUUUCACAACAAUUUUUUAUGAGUGGACAAUUAUAUUAUACCCUUUCUUUUAUUUACACUUUACCCCCUCUAUACUAAAACCCUUGCAGGCGUAUCAGACUAUCAGCCGUUCCCAAUUUCCUACGUUCAUAUUACGACCUCCUGUUCCGGCAUCCCCAUCGCAUCUCCGGCUUGCUAUACCCCGUCGCCGCCUCCGACUUGCUCGGCCACCGUCGCGGCCUGUGGCUUGCUCCACCGCCUUCAUCCACCAUCUGCCUCCGGUUUGCUUCACAGCUCUAUUGGAUCUCUUCGAAUUCGUCAGAGAAAUGGAUAGCAAGGAGCAAAGUGAGAAAUUGAAGAACUACGAAGCUCAAUACGCCAAUUACUUGAAAGCAAAGUACUUCUCCGAUAAAGACAUCUAUGGAGGUAAUAUUUUUGAAGAGAAGACAACGAUAGGUGGAAUGACAAUUAGGGCAAGCAGUGAGGCUGGGACUAGAUCUUAUGAGGAUCCUGUUGGGUAUUGGAACGAGAAGUAUGCGCCACGUAUAGAGCCUUCAACAGAAACAACAACAGCAACCAAUCUUUCAAAUGGAAAUCACUCCUCUAAAAAGAGUGCUUAAUCUCAAUCUGUUUGUAAAUCAUAUAUGCAUAUUUAGGCAGUUUUUAAUGAUGGACAAUGGAUUUGUCAGAUAAAAGUAAAAGUUGUUAAUUGGUGGUAUUUAAACAGGUUGUAACUCACCAAAGUUUUUUUAGGCUCACUUUUCUUGCUUAAUAGCUACCAUUACUUUUCUUGUUAACCAAGAUUCAUAGAUUGAAAACAAAGAACGUUAGUUUUUGAAAUGAGUAUUCCUGUUUAGAAUUGGUUUUGUGGAUGAUUGUCAAUGUGGUAAAGAGAACGUUAAAUAUCAUAUUCUUACGAAUGAGUAUUGUUACUUGAAAUCAUUUAAAGGGAAAAACGUACAAGUGAGAAGAACCAAACUCUUUUAUUAUGUGAUGAUCAUGUGAUAUGAUGAGGGAUCAUAAUCAAUGCUUAACUAGCCAUGGAAAUAUGGAAUCCGAUUCAAUUCAGGUACGAUCAAAGUAACAUUUCAAGAGCUCGGUCCAAAUAACCCCAAGGCAGGCAGAUCUAAU